GCCAGGACAGAGGAGGCGCCAAGUAGGAGGAAGCGCUGCAGCAACAGCAGCAGCAACAGCUGCUGUCAGCCUCUGGUCCGCUUCAGUCCGUCUCUAAAACCACAACAGACCUCAUCUUGUCCCACUCAUGUUUGAGCAGAGCCGUGGACUCAUCUUCCACAGACACGGAGCAGCGCGCUGCCGGGACCCGGAAGAUGGAGGCAGAGGGUGUGAGCAUAUGGCCGCGUAUGGAGCCCUUCUUACUGGGUGCCCUGCAGGUGGCUCCUCCCACCAAACUCGGCCUGCACUACCUUCGCAAAAUGGCGAGCUAUGUGCGGACGCGGGACGGCUGCUUCCCCCUGCUGGGCUGGACCAUGUGGAGACACAUCGCCUGUGGGAAGCUGCAGCUUCCAGAGGACCUGGCGUGGCUCUACUUUGAGACGUUUGACCUUCUCGUAGGUCACACAGCGGAGCAGAGGCUGGAGUGGGCGGAGUGUCUUUCCCAGUGCUCCUCGAAAAGUGAGCUGGAGCAGCAGAGGACGAAGUUGUCCGUGGACACGCUGCAGUUCCUCCUCUUCCUCUACAUCCAGCAGCUGAACCGCGUGUCCCUGAGAACGUCCCUGAUCGGCGAGGAGUGGCCCAGUCACCGCACUCGCUCCCCGUCUCCGUCAGACCGAGAAGCUAAGACCAGCUCUCAGAACAAGAACUGGGACGACCAGGCUCAUCUGUCUUUCGUCCAGAACCACCUCGCUGAGAUUCUGGAGCUGCUGGUGGAGCCUGGACAGAUGUCCCGGUCUGGACAGGCCCUGAGGGACUGUCAGAUCUCCCUGGAGGUCGUGCGGAGCCUCAGUCUCCUCCUGGAGGGCUCAGUGUCCCGCAGCAAAGUGGUGCAGCCGGUCCACCGUCUGCUGACCAGAGGUCCUCUGCAAACUCAGGCCGGCUUCUCCACAGCGAGCCACUCCUUCUCCCUGCACCAGCUGCUCUCCUGUCUGCAGCAGAACCUCACACUCAACCCGUUUGGCAUCACCGCCUGUCUGCUCUCAGGCAAGAAGCUGGCCUGGGCUCAACAAGUGGAAGGAGCCAUGAAGCGAGCCAAAAUAGCCAGGAACACUCACACGGCGCCGCCCGGCAGUAAGAUGGUGCUGAUGUCGCAGGUCUUCAAACAGACGCUGGCGAAAACCUCGGACAAGCUGACAGGAGCCAACAUCAAGAUCCACAGAUGCUCCGACGCCUUCAUCUACCUGCUGUCGCCGCUCAGGUCGGUCAGUCUGGACAAAUGUCGGGACAGCUUAGUGGUUCUGGGUCCUGUGGAGACCAGCGUCCACAUCCACAGCUGCCAUAACGUGCGGGUGGUGUGUGUGGCCGGCAGGAUCGCCGUCGGAGCCUCCUCCCGCUGCACCAUCCACGCUUUGACCCCGACGCGGCCCCUGCUUCUGCCCGGGAACUCUGACCUCACACUGGGGCCUUUCCACACGUUCUACCCCUCCCUGGAGGAUCACAUGGCCAACGUGGGUUUAGCCGUGGUUCCCAACGCCUGGGAUCAUCCUCUGCUGCUGGGAACCGAGGGCCUCAUCAACCCGUCAAACCCGGACCCCGCCUGCUACCGUCUGCUGCCCCCUGCUGACUUUCAUGCCCUGGUGGUGCCGUUCAAGAUGGAGGGCGACACGUGUGAGGUGCCCGGCGGUUUACCCGUCGCGUAUCAGGCCGCGCUCGACGACAAGCAGAAGAGGAUCCAGAGCUGGCAGAGGACGGUGAUGGAGGCGCGGCUUAACAAGGAGCAGAAGCAGAAGUUUGAGGAACUUGUGGGCGUUAAAUUCCACGAGUGGCUCCUGAAGACGGGGAACAGGCAGGAGCUGGACAGCCUCAUCCCUCCCACCAUGACACCGUUACACGAGUCCAACGGUCCCGCGACGGACUCGCUCUGACUUUUGACGAGACCUGAAGUCACGUGACGCCUGCUGAGCGCCUUUGGUUUUUGUCUGAACUGAGAAAUCCUGGACGCGACAAACGGAUGAUUCGUGUUACUGUUCGUUAAAGAACCGUCGAGUCUGUCGAUCCAGAAGAAAGCGGCAGCUACUGUUGGUUCUUUAUGUCGAAGACUCAAAACCACACCGAACCAGAACUUUCCCCUUCCUUCCUCUACCAUUUUUAUACACACAUAAACUCACAUAAACUCCCAGGCAUUGUUUCAAGAAAUGACUCUAAACGCUAUAGUAUUUAUGACCUGUAGGUGGCGCCGCCACCAAACACAGGAGAGGAAGAAGGAGGUGUGGAGCUUGAUUUUGCAUUCCACUUGUCGUCGGAACUCGGAAUUUCCAACUUGGAGCGACCUCUGGGAUUCCAGGAUGGUACUGAUGAUACUUUGACCGUUCAUUUGCACUUUCUGUCGCAUUUGUUUACUAAAUCAGUUGUGAACGUAAACUGUUGCAGUUUUGUCAUCGUACACUUGUUUCUACGGAGUUUGUGUGUGCAAAAUUCCACGUAGGGCGUUGUUAUAGACAAAGGUAGCUAGUCCGAGUUAGGUUUACGCUUCCGACUUCUCUCCUGGGACACGGUAAACUUGGCGGUCAAUAUCGCUCCCACUUCUUCUAAAAUGAAAUUGAACGCAUAAAGAGCUAAGUAAACUAUCCAAACACUUGGGGUGGGGCUUCGCCAACAUACGCUAUCGCGAUAUUGCAAAAAUAGUAUCGUACAUCACAUAUUUGCGAUGUACUCACACAGACGCCUGGCACCAUCUGGUGGACUGAAAUCUUUUUUUUUUUUCCCCGACUUCCAAGUUGCAAUGUAAAUGGAUCUCGUGAAGCUCACGAAUAAAAUACAGAAGAAGGUGGUGACGAGCUAUGACAUUGUUUUGCGAAGUUGCGAAUUUGUUGUUACACACGAAAACUAUUUUGUAAAUCUGGGUUUUUGAAAAAGUUACUUUUAGGAUCCUUCAAUCCGAUAAAAAUACUAACUAACGGUUUUGUGUGUAGGGGCCGUCGAUGUAUAACAUAAAAAAACCAUAGGGAUUUAAUUUGGUGAUUCAUAUUCUUUUGUUUGGAGGACAGAAAAUAGAGGUUUUGGUCCCAAAAAUAAGGCGAGACAAAGCAGCGUAAUUUAAAUAUGAGUUAAAGUCACGACAUCAGAUGAAACGCGCAAACUUUGAUACCAUCCAGAAACUUUAAAAAAUUGGUAUUGAAAAAAACCUCAACAUUUUGUCGUUUUAUUAUCGGUGGCAAAAAAAAAAUUCUGAAGUCUGCUCACAUAUUUAAAUUAUUUGUUAUUUUUCUUUUAGAAAAUGAAUAAAAAAAUUCCUUGAGCAUAUACGUUGAAAAUGGAGAAUAUAAAUAUUAAAUAAAUUCAGCACUUUGGUUUUUAACGAUGUUCACUCAUUAGCUCAGGACAUGAAUGUGUUUUUUUCCUUAAUUAUUUAGAAUUAAAUGAACUCACCUUUUUUGUGUUUGGUGGGGAAAAAAAGAAAUUUUAACAAUUUUUUUUCUGUUCGUAACUAAACCGUGGAAAGUCGCGUCGUCAAUCGAGAACAGUGUUUCACAAACUUUGUGCGUCUGAAAGAUGUUUACUACAUUAAUUAAAACAUUCAUAGAUACAUGUAUGUUUUAAAUUAUUAAGGGACCCAAAAAUAAUCUCCUGCGACUCAUCUGUGGGUCCCCGACCCAGACUUUGAGAACCACUGGACUUGAAACAAAAUUUUGUGCCAAAUGCAUGAGUUUGCAGAUAAUUAACCAUGUUUAUUUUUGUAUCAAUCCACAUGUACUAAUAUGGAUAUUUUAGUAUUAUAUAAACGUAUAAAUAUACAGUAGAGUCUAUUUUUCAUAAAUCCUCGGUGCCUCCUCCCUCUCACGCUCUCACGCUUAGUUUUACUUUAAUCGAACACGACUGCUGCGGAGUUUUUAUUUCCUUCAUGACCGUUAAAUGAAAAAAAUGUGAUGUCGUCGUCAGAAUGUUUAAGAAAAGAUGAAAAAUGCUGCUGUGACGUGUUUUCACAAUGAAAGUGGCUCCGCCUCCUUCGUGUUUGAAGAACAUGACGACAAUGAUGAUAAAAUAAAAUAAAUGUUUUUGUGAAA